CGGUCAUACUCAUUGGUUAGCUUCCAUUUGUUUACAUAUUUUUAUUUGUUUUUAUUUGGACAACAUUGAAAUGUCGGAGUUCGACACGCGACUUAUUGAGUUGGUUAGGGCUAAUCCCAAGCUAUAUGAGCGGGAACUUCGAAAUGCACCCUACGAAGCCCAUAAGAAGCGGCAUCCGGAAAUCUGGAGCAGCAUCUCCACUUCAUUAAAUACAGAUGUUAAUGCCUGUGUCAGUCGUUGGAACCAUUUGGUGGCCAAGCACCGUCGGGAACUGGCCAAGGAAAAGGCCGGAGGCGCUGGCUCCGAUUGGAGCCAUCUGCCGCAUUUGAAAUUUCUGCAGCAUCACCACCAUCCCAUUAAUCACCGAAAUUCGAGUGAUCUGAGUAGAAGCUCACCGAAAUCCAACGACGAGGUCAACGACGAGGAGUAUCCGCUCCAGGAGGCCAUGGAUGAGCAGUUGGCCGUGGCGGGAGCUGCACCACCAACCACAAAUCCUGUCCAAGCACCGGCCGUGGCUCCCGUCAGAGCGGAGAGGAGGAUAGAAGCCCUGCUUGAAGGACUGGGAGAAGCGAACCGCAUUAAAGCGGAGAAACGAAUCCUGGCCUACCUAUGCAAAUGCAAUCUGCGCGCCCUCAACGAUGAGCAAAUCGAUGAUAUAGUCAUAUAGGAAGAUUGUCAGGAUAGAACAUCAUAAGCAGCGAACAUCACUCAUCAUAUAAUUGAUUAAUAUUUAAGGCCUUUUUGUUAUAGUUUAAAUAUUUGGACAAUUAUCUUUAGCGUAUACUAAGAUACUUUUUCAAAUUUAUGCUUCCCUAAAAGAAAAUGGUUCGCCUAAACCUAUUUUUGACUC